CGGCAGAGAAGGAGGGAGAGGUCCGGCGGCGGACGGGCCGCGGCUGAGCAGGCAAAAAGAUAAAAGAAUGGAUCCAUCCUCAGGGGCCAGGUCAAUUGUUGUUCAUGUGGAGGGAAUGACAUGCAGUUCUUGCGUGCAGACAAUCGAGCAACAUGUUGGGAAACUAAAUGGAGUUCAUGUCAUUGAAGUUUCUCUGGAUGAUAAGAAUGCCACCAUUAUUUACAACCCCAAAGAGCAAAUCCCAGAGUCGCUCCAGGAAGCCAUUGAAGACGUGGGCUUUGAUGCUGUUCUUGACGAGGCUAACCCACAGUUCGUUCCGCAUGACACCACUUUUCUUACCGUUCCCACCCAGGCUGCUCUAACCUGUGAACAGAUUCGUAUGGACCUCCUAAAGAUCAAAGGCAUCCUGGAUGUGAAAAUCUCUUCUGACAAAACAACUCUAGUUGUAACAUUUAUCUCUUCUAUUCUAAAUAGCAAGCAGAUUAACCAAAUAGUACCAGGAUUAAUUUUGGAUAAUGUAAUACAAGAUAAAAGUCAAGGAACAUGUGAAGAUGUAAGUUUAAACCAAAUAAAUGACGUGGUGCUAAGAAUGAAAAUAGAGGGAAUGACCUGCCAUUCCUGUACUAGCACCAUUGAAGGAAAAAUUGGCAAAUUGCAAGGGGUCAAGCGAAUUAAAGUUUCCCUGGAUAAUCAGGAAGCCACAGUCGCCUACCAACCUCACAUCAUUACAUCCGAAGAAAUAAAGAAGCAAAUAGAAGCGGCAGGGUUCAUCGCCUCCAUAAAGAGAAUGGCUAAACCCCUCCCCUUCGGUUCUGUUGACAUAGAGCGGCUCAAGAAUAGCCAGAGCAAAGGCUCGGAAAGGACACCGCAGGACAGUUCAGAAGACAAGCUGAAUGUGAAGACUAUCACCUUCCUGGUGGAUGGCAUGCAUUGUAAUUCGUGUGUGUUCAACAUUCAGAGUAGCCUGUUGGCGCUUCCUUCGGUGACCAGCAUCACGGUGUCUUUGCAAGAGAAGUCGGCCAUUGUCCAGUAUAACCCCAGCCUCAUCAGUCUCGGUGCGCUCAGAAGAGCAAUUGAAGCCGUCUCCCCGGGGACCUUCAAGGUCUGUGUUUUGGACGCACACGAAAAUGCCGAGUGUCUGAACAACUCCAAAUCUCCAUUGAAGCCUUCUUUUCCAGGAGCUCUUCACAGCAUCGGGCCUCGUCCCCUGACACUGGUGACCAUCAUCCGUAUAGAAGGAAUGACUUGCAGUUCAUGCGUGCAGUCAAUUGAGGGACUCGUUUCACAAAAACCUGGUGUGAAGUCAGUCUGUGUGUCGUUGCGGGAUCAUAAUGGGACAAUUGAAUAUGACCCAACACUGACUUCUCCAGCCGAUUUAAAAAACUCCAUUGAAGACAUGGGCUUUGAUGCCUCCCUAGCUGGUAACCCAGAGCCCGUGGUGCUGAUCACUGGGCCUUCCCAGGAGAGGCUGGCUAAAAUUCAAGAAAGCAAACCGCCCAAAACAGUCGCCCAUCCCAGCCUGGGGCCAGUUCCCAACAGACCGGGUCUGAAGGCACCAUCAAAAUGCUACAUUCAGAUCACUGGCAUGACCUGCACUUCCUGCGUGGCAAACAUUGAGAGGAAUCUGAAGAGAGAAGAUGGAAUAUGCUCUGUGCUCGUUGCCCUGAUGGCUGGGAAGGCUGAAGUGAGAUACGACCCUUCCAUCAUCCAGCCCCCGACUGUAGCAGAGAGGAUUAGAGAACUGGGGUUUGGUGCUCUGGUGCUGGAGGAUUAUGAUGAAGGAGAUGGCAUCUUGGAGCUGGUUGUAAGAGGGAUGACUUGUGCCUCGUGUGUUCAUAAAAUAGAAUCCACCCUUAUGAAAACGAAAGGGGUUCUGUACAGCUCGGUGGCUCUUGCAACCAACAAAGCACACAUCAAGUAUGAUCCGGAGAUCGUUGGCCCACGAGAUAUCAUACAGAUUAUUCAGAAUCUGGGAUUUAAUGCUACAUUGGUAAAGAAAGACCGAUCUGCUAGCCACUUGGACCACAAGCAGGAAAUAAGACAGUGGAAACGGUCCUUCCUUGUAAGCCUCAUUUUCUGCAUCCCUGUAAUGGGGCUCAUGAUUUACAUGAUGGUGAUGGACAGCCACAUGUCGGCCAUGUACCAGGCUUCUAACCUGACUCAAGAAGAAAUAGAAGCUCAUCACCCAUCAAUGUUUCUGGAGCAGCAAAUUCUUCCCGGGUUGUCAGUUAUGAAUUUGCUCUCCUUUUUAUUGUGUGUUCCUGUUCAGUUCUUUGGAGGCUGGUACUUCUACAUUCAAGCUUACAAAGCACUGAAGCACAAAACAGCCAAUAUGGACGUGCUGAUUGUUCUAGCCACGACCAUCGCCUUCGUCUACUCCUUUGCCGUUCUUCUGGUUGCAAUGGCUGAGCGGGCAACAACCAAUCCAGUGACUUUCUUUGACACCCCCCCCAUGCUCUUUGUGUUCAUUGCGCUGGGGCGCUGGCUGGAGCAUGUGGCUAAGGGUAAAACAUCAGAGGCCCUUGCGAAGCUAAUUUCACUACAGGCAACAGAAGCAACUAUUGUUACUUUAGGUCCAGAUAAUAUCCUCAUGAGUGAAGAGCAAGUUGAUGUUGAACUAGUUCAGCGGGGUGACGUUGUGAAGGUGGUCCCAGGUGGCAAGUUUCCCGUGGAUGGCCGAGUGAUUGAAGGACACUCUAUGGUAGACGAAUCGCUCAUCACAGGUGAAGCAAUGCCUGUGACCAAAAAACCCGGCAGUUCAGUCAUAGCAGGUUCAAUUAAUCAAAAUGGAUCCCUGUUGAUCUCUGCAACCCAUGUUGGGUCUGACACUACUCUCUGCCAGAUUGUAAAGCUUGUGGAAGAAGCUCAGACAUCAAAGGCACCAAUUCAGCAGUUUGCUGACAAACUGAGUGGCUAUUUUGUUCCUUUUAUUGUUGGUGUUUCUGUCAUCACACUUCUUGCUUGGAUUGUGAUUGGUUUUGUCAAUUUUCAAGUUGUGGAAACCUAUUUUCCUGGCUAUAAUAAGAGCAUUUCCAAAGCAGAAGUCGUGAUCCGCUUUGCUUUUCAAGCCUCCAUUACCGUGCUGUGUAUUGCCUGCCCUUGUUCUUUGGGAUUAGCAACGCCGACUGCUGUGAUGGUGGGAACUGGAGUAGGAGCACAAAACGGCAUCUUGAUCAAAGGUGGAGAACCGCUGGAGAUGGCACACAAGGUUAAAGUUGUGAUGUUUGAUAAAACAGGAACCAUCACCCAUGGAACUCCAGUGGUGGUGCAGGUGAAGAUGCUAGUGGAGAGUAACCGGAUACCACGCAAGAAAGUCUUGGCACUGGUGGGAACAGCAGAGAGCCACAGUGAGCACCCUUUAGGAGCAGCAAUCACAAAAUACUGCAAACAGGAAUUGGAUGCAGAUACCCUUGGGACGUGCACUGAUUUCCAGGUGGUGCCUGGCUGUGGGGUUAGCUGUAAAGUUACCAAUAUUGAAGCCCUCCUGUGCAGCAAGAGUGAAACUGUAGAAGAGACCAAUGUCAGGAACGCUGCUCUAGUGAGCAUGGAGGAGAAGGCUGAGCCACUCAUGCAGCCAGCUUUGAUCAUCAAUGAGCGGAUACCAGACACAUGGAUGUCUCACAAAUAUUCUGUUCUCAUUGGAAACCGAGAGUGGAUGUCUAGGAACGGCCUCCUUCUCAGGAGUGAUAUUGACGAAGCGAUGACUGAGCACGAGCGCCGAGGCCGCACGGCCGUUCUUGUCGCUGUGGAUGGGGAGUUGUGUGGUUUGGUAGCCAUUGCUGACACUGUGAAGCCCGAAGCGGAUCUCGCUGUACGGACUCUGAAGGGGAUGGGUUUGGAGGUGGUCCUGAUGACAGGGGACAAUGGCAAAACUGCCAGGUCGAUUGCUUCUCAGGUUGGCAUCACAAAAGUAUUUGCUGAAGUGCUCCCCUCCCACAAAGUUGCCAAAGUGAGGCAGCUGCAGGAAGAAGGAAAACGGGUGGCUAUGGUGGGUGACGGCAUCAAUGAUUCCCCAGCCCUGGCCAUGGCUAAUGUUGGCAUUGCCAUUGGCACGGGCACCGACGUGGCUAUAGAAGCAGCUGACGUGGUUUUGAUCAGGAAUGAUUUGCUGGAUGUGGUGGCAAGCAUAGAUUUAUCACGGAAAACCGUUAAAAGGAUACGGAUCAACUUUGUCUUUGCUCUCAUAUACAAUCUUAUUGGUGUUCCUGUAGCUGCAGGUGUCUUCCUGCCGAUUGGUUUGGUUCUGCAGCCUUGGAUGGGAUCUGCAGCAAUGGCAGCCUCCUCGGUGUCCGUGGUGUUGUCUUCUCUGCUGCUAAGACUUUAUAAGAAGCCUACCUGUGAGAAGUACGAGCGCCAUGCCUGCACCCAGGUGAGGUGCAAGAGCACUUCAGAAAUCAGUGUCCAUAUUGGGAUUGACGAUGUUGGACCAGGGUCUCCGAAACUGAGCCUCAUGGACCGAAUUAUCCACUACAGUCAAGCCUCCAUCAGCUCCCUCUUCUCCGACAAGCGCUCCCUCAGCAACAUUGCCCUGAGCGAGCCUGACAAGCAUUCGCUUCUGGUUGGGGAUUCCCGGGAGGAAGACGACACAACCGUGUGAAGAGGUGGAGCAGGGCCACGGUGUCUGCUGUUCGGGCAUCUCUUGUGCUUGACCUGCUGAGCUGAAUGAGGGCGCUCUGGGUUUUCUGCCCAGGGAGAUCAGUGUGUUCCACACUGUUUUGCUCCUCUUAGCAGCCAGGAUGGGACAAAAGAUUCCAAAAUGUAACAGAAUCUGGAGCUACAAUACUGAGUUGCUUUUCAAGUUGAUUUUUUGGGAAGAAGCCAAAAUAACAAUAUCUUCUGGUUGCUACAGCUCAUAGUUUCUAGGUCUUGUUGUUAUUUUCCCAUUUGCCAAAGAAGUGUGCCUUACUUCUACCCGGAAGCAGAGGCAUUCUCAGGAAAGGUCACGUCUGGAUCUGGGAAAGAGCAGAGCAGUCCUCUUCUGAGCGCCUUGCCUCUUUGGCCAACUGCAGAUUGGACCCUCCUCCUCCUGGGGCUGCUGGAAGGCAGUCAAGCCCUGGUACCUUCUGGGCCUCAGCAGGACUCCAUCUUUUCUACCCCUUCCCACUCUGUCAGGUCUCUC